AUGAAUCUGAACAGCCCUGAAGCUGUGUUAUAUCCUGAAUGUGUACUUCUCUCCACUAAAAAUUAUAUUCUGGACAGUAUAACAAUGAAAAUGUCAUCAGAUUUAUCGCAAUUCGAAGCGCCAACGAGUAACGUAGGAGAUAAAGAAGCAGAGCUGGUUGCCAAAUUAUUUGAAAGUUCAAAUUUGAGUCUAAGAAUGUAUGGAUCGUCUGAAGAGCUGGCAGAAAACGUGAAGAUCUAUAGAAGCUCUCCUGGAAGUGGAGUGUACGCCGAUGCGAAUGGCCAUCCUAUGUAUCCCUACUACACAACUCCAGUGAUCUACCGAAGCCUUAAAGAUGAGCAGUACCUUUGCAAGUCCGAUGCCUAUGUAGUUCUGCAGAAUCUAACACUGGAAGUUUAUCCAUUUGAAAAACCCCAACUCCUUCGCGUUAUUCUCGCCCUUUUCUUACGAUCUCAAGAGCUGAAGAACCUGAGAAGAGUGGAAUUUCUGAAAUUUGACGAACAUGAUUUUGUCUCUAUUAAAAAAGAAAUUGAAGUAGAGAUGAAAGCCUUUGGGACAAAUAACUUCACGAGAUUUAAAAAUUUGUUAAAAAUCGAUUGGGGAGUUUCAGAAGCCGCACUUUUCGAGAGAAUUCUAGGAAAUUAUUUUCUUGAAUUCCACGCGGCACCUAAUUUCGCCUAUCUUCUCACUAUUUUGUACUCGACUGCUGAGAGAAUAAUAAGAUUACUUCAAAAAAUAAUCGAUAAUCGAUUGGAGGUUUUCUUGUUGGGUGGUCCAAGACCUACAGUGAGACUAUUCGAGGAUCAUGGAGGUCAACGAUUCGUGAUGGAGGCGGAGCUAUUUAAUGCAAUCAACAAAUCGAUAAAAGAAACAAAUUUUUUUGAUGAAAUGUUUAUCGAAGCUAUGACUUUGGAAGACGUUCAGAAGAAGUUCGGAGAUCAGAUUAGGGAUAUCGAGUUCAUCCGCUACCCAAUCCACCGUGCCAAAGAUAGAGCUGUCCCAAUUCAAAGUCCUCUGAACAACAAGCUAUUCUGUGUUCCGACAGUUGACGCAUUUUUCGAUUUUAUGAAAAAUUUGAUUCUUAGCGUCCAACUUUUCCAAAAAUUGCCUUCUUGGAAUAUGGCUGAGCAGAUGCUUUUAGGAUGCGAAUUAGGAUUCAAGUCAGAAGAGAAAAACCCAUACUUCACGAUGUCUACACACUUGAACACGAUUAAAGCAACAUACUUCGCGACACCACUUCCUCACACGGCCAAGGAAAUUAGAAACGCGAAAAAUGAUGGAUUCACUGUUCAGAAUCUGAAGAACGAAUUGGCUCAUUUGGGUCUCACCACGAUCUUUCCAGAGAUUCAGAAUCACGCAGAAUUAGUGUAUUCUGAAGUUGACAAACGCAAAAAAGGGAGCGUGCUAAGAACUUGUGAUCUGUUUGAUGCUGUUGAACACUGCCAAUUGAAUUGUAUUCUGGAGAGACGUCCGACAUUCAAAAAAUUCUUACACAAUCAAAACGGAUGCCACAGAAUUUACGGAUUCAAAUGUCAAGAAUGUGAAAGAGAAAAGAGGACAUCAGAAAUUUGGAAGACAUUUGAACCGAUAGACGCAGCUACAGAAGACACAAUGUCUCCAGAAGGCAAAAAAUCCAGUGAGCAAUUAUCUACAGUAUCUCAGAAAUCUCCAGAAGCACAUCAGAAGACAAUUGAAAAUCUGAAAAUUACUAAAGAGACCUCAGAAUCAGCUUCAGGAGACGUUAAAACUUCGGAAUCUCAGAAGAAGAGUCCAGAAACUUCUCCAUCUCUUCAGAUACUUCAAGAACAUAAAGUAACCCAGAAGGAAAGUGAUGAAGAAAUUCAAAAGAAAUCGGCUGAAAUAGAGGAGUUAAAAAGAAAAGUUGAGGAAAAUCUGAAAAUCGCUGAAGAAAACGAGAAACUGGUUUCUGAAGCCGCCCAUCUGAUCGACACUAUCGCUGAGCUCAAGGAGGAACAUUCAAAGUACCACGCUCAGUAA